AUGGCGAAGGCCGAGCCGCUACUGACCAAGGAGCCGGCGCGGCAGACGAUCCCCACCUCCGACCUGCCCAUGAAGGUGUACGAGGUGGCGGUGAACACGGGGCCCGACUCCUCCGGCGCUCUAGCCACAGCUGGCUUCCGCACCGCCAGGUACCUGCCCGCCGAGUGGCACCAGAGCAACCAUGAUCUGUACCACAGGGCCUUUGCUGGCUGCGAGCUGGCCGAGCGUGGCCAGGCCGAGGCUAAGGAGCUGGUCCAGAAUGCUGCUGCCGCUGCCCAGCGUGCCCAGCAGGAGUCCACGGCUGCCCUGGGCCUGCACCUGAAGGACAUCCACUUCUGGAAGUCCAAGCUCCAGAAGGAGACUGAGGACCUCGAUGCUGAGACCAGACUAUUGGAAGAUCAGAAGCUGCGGCUGGAAAGGGCGCUCGAUACCACCCAGUUGUCCUAUGCCAUCACCACCGAUAACCUGCUGUGUCGAGAGAGGAGGCAAUCCCUGGACCUGGUCAGGGAUGAGGUGGAGAAAGAGCUGCUGAAGGAAGCUGAACUUCUCAGAAAUGUCCAGGAGCUUUUGAAAAGAACUUUGAUGCAAGCCAUUAACCAGAUGCGGUAA